AUGGAACCGAUGCUGGGCCGCUGCGUCCGCGCCUCCUCGCAUGGGGGAUCCUUCAGUCAGGCUCGAACUGGGAGGCCUUCGACAUCAAACCGGUCACGGAUGAGGAGCCACCAAUCCCAAAUGUCGUCUGUCGAGCUCCUUCUGCCCACGCCGACGCCAAGAGCCCUGACGCAGGUCUUGCAGAGCUUGAAGAAGAAGAAGCAGGCAAGGGCGGCUUGCCAGCUGAUCCAUUCUGUGAGGCUCAGCGGAAGUGUCAAGCUCGAGUUGCAUCACUUUUCCAUUGGGCUUGGCGCCUGCGCCAGUGCGAAGUUCUGGGAGGGCGCUCUCGACCUGUUUCGCUCCAUGCCGGACGCGAAGCUCGCUCCCAACAUCAUCAGCUACAGCGUCACAAUCAGUGCCUGCGAGAAGGGGCGCAACUGGGAGCAAGCUAUGCUGUUGUUCGAGGAAAUGCAGGGGGCCCUCAUCGCACCGGACGUCCCGAGUUACAGCGCCACCAUCAGCGCCUGCCAGAAAUCUGGACAGUGGCAGCUUGCUUUACAGCUCUUCGGAGAGAUGUUGGGAGCUAAGCUGGCUCCCGAUAUCAUCAGCUACAGCGCGACCAUCAGUGCCUGCGCUUCGGAGAGACGAGUGCAGUGGCAGUUGGCCUUGCAACUCUUUGGCGAGAUGCCAAAAUUCCAGCUGGUUCCAAAUGUCAUCAGCUUCAAUGCCGCACUCAGCUCCUGCGAAAAGGCCGGGCAGUGGCAAGCGGCGUUGCAGCUGUUCGACGCUAUGCAAUCUUGCAGUCUCAGUCCCGACAUCAUCAGCCACAGCGCAGCCAUCAGCUCUUGUGAGAAAGGUGGCCAGUGGCUGUCGGCUUUACAUAUCUUCGCAGCUAUUCAGAAGGCACGCCUCAACCCCGAUGUUAUCAGCUACAGUGCCGCCAUCAGUUCCUGUGAGAAGGGUGCACAGUGGGAGGUGGCAGUGCGCAUGCUGAGGCAGAUGCCUGCAGCGAAAUUGCUGCCGAAUAUCGUCAGCUACAGUGCCAGCAUAAGUGCUUGCGAAAAAGGCGAGCAGUGGCAGAUGGCAUUGCACCUCUUCAACGAGAUACCAAAAGCCAUGCUGACUCCGACUGAAAUUAGCUACAAUGCUACCAUCAGCUCUUGCGAGAAAGGCCAGCAGUGGCAACAGGCAUUGGGUUUGUUCAGGUCCAUGCCAAAAGCGAAGCUCACGCCAAACGUCAUCAGCUACGGUGCAGCGAUCAACUCUUGCGAGGAAGGAAGCCAAUGGCAGCUGUCCUUUCAACUCUUCUACGACAUGUUGGGUGCUAAACUUACUCCCAACUUGAUACUCUACAGAAGCGCUAUCAGCUACUGCGAACUGGGUGGUCGGUAG